GGAGAGGAAGUGCCGGGCGGGCGGGGGAAAGGAAAAAAAAAAAGAACCAGCCGGGGCAGCGCACCAGGGACUUUCCAGCCGAGGCAAGGCAAAGACUACGUUUGGCUGAACUGCUGCAAGGACAGCAGUGGUCGGUAGUGCUGGCGUCCGCGGUUCUUUUUGCCCCCCCUCUCCCUUCUUUUCCUCAGGCGCAGAGGAUAGCUUUAUAGCAAGUGCAGAAGAAGGAGCAGUUAAAGGAUACAACAUGAAGGUUAAAAGAGUCCACAUUUGAUGACAUCAACUGGGAUAGCCUGAGUGUUCAUUUUUCUUUGACGUUUUCAUCUAAUCAAAUUUAGAUGUUCUUAUCCUUUUCAUCUUUCAUACAGUAUUUAUUAAUUCCAACAUGGAUGGAAGCAAGAAAGCAGACCCUCCAGUUUUAGUGGAAACAAAACAGCAGAAGGCAAAUCCUGAUCGCCACCCUAUGCCAUCCAUUUAUGUACCAGAACAAGGUGGUUACAAAGAAAAAUUUGUGAAUGCAGUGGAAGACAAAUACAAAUGUGAAAAAUGUCAUCUCAUUUUGUGCAAUCCAAGACAGACAGAAUGUGGGCAUCGCUAUUGUGAGACCUGCAUGAGUUCUCUGUUCAGUUCUACAAGUCCAAAAUGUACAGCAUGUCAAGAAACAAUAGUGAAGGAUAAGAUAUUUAAAGAUAAUUGCUGCCGAAGGGAGCUUCUAGCCCUUCAGAUAUUCUGUAGAAAUGAAAAUAAAGGUUGUCGAGAUCAAUUGACCUUGGGACAGUUGCUGACACAUCUAAGAAAUGACUGUCUCUUUGAAGAACUCCCAUGUCCUCGUACUGAUUGUAAAGAAAAAAUACUGAGAAAAGAUUUACCAGAUCAUAUAGAAAAAAACUGUAACUAUCGGGAAACAACAUGUAAAUACUGUAAAAGCCAAGUACCAAUCAUUAUGAUACAAAAACAUGAAGAUGCAGACUGUCCUUCUGUAAUGGUUACAUGUCCUCAUCAGUGCAGUGUUUCAGCACUCCUCAGAAGAGAGUUGAAUGCACAUUUGUCAGAAUGUAUUAAUGCCCCAAGUACCUGUAGUUUUAAGCGUUAUGGCUGCACUUUUCAGGGAACAAACCAGCAAGUUAAAGCACAUGAAGCCACCUCAGCAGUGCAGCAUGUAGACUUAUUGAAAGAAUGGAGUAAUUGUCUAGAAAACAAGGUGGCCAUGCUCCAAAAUGAAAGCUUGGAAAAGAACAAGAGCAUACAAACUUUACAUAAUCAAAUCUGUAGCUUUGAAAUAGAAAUUGAGAGACAGAAGGAAAUGCUGCGAAGUAAUGAAACUAAAAUACAUCACUUACAGCGGGUAAUAGAUAGUCAAGCUGAGAAGCUGAAAGAACUAGACAAGGAGAUUCGACCUUUCCGACAGAACUGGGAAGAAGCAGACAACAUGAAGAGUAGUGUUGAGUCCCUUCAGAACAGGGUGACUGAACUGGAAAGCAUUGAUAAAAAUGCUGGGCAAGGAGCUAGAAACACAGGUCUUCUAGAAUCACAGUUAUCUAGGCAUGAUCAAAUGCUAAGUGUUCAUGACAUCCGUCUGGCUGACAUGGAUCUCCGAUUUCAAGUCCUGGAAACAGCAAGUUACAAUGGAGUAUUAAUCUGGAAAAUUCGAGAUUACAAACGUCGAAAGCAAGAGGCGGUUAUGGGGAAGACUUUGUCCUUAUAUAGCCAACCAUUUUAUACAGGAUACUUUGGCUAUAAGAUGUGUGCCAGGGUUUACCUCAAUGGAGAUGGGAUGGGCAAAGGGACGCACUUGUCUUUGUUCUUUGUUAUAAUGCGGGGAGAAUAUGAUGCAUUGCUUCCUUGGCCAUUCAAGCAAAAGGUCACCCUUAUGUUGAUGGAUCAAGGACCUUCUCGGCGCCACUUAGGAGAUGCAUUCAAGCCAGACCCCAACAGCAGUAGUUUCAAGAAACCCACUGGGGAAAUGAAUAUUGCAUCUGGUUGUCCAGUCUUUGUUGCACAAACUGUUCUAGAAAAUGGAACAUAUAUUAAAGAUGAUACUAUUUUUAUUAAAGUCAUAGUGGACACUUCGGAUCUACCAGACCCCUGACAUAUAGCAGAAAGGCAGAUUCAACAGAAGACAACUCCAUUUGGGGCUUUUUUUUAUAUCUGUCUUCAAUGAGAGGUCCUUAAAGCUCAGAGAGGACCACUUUAUGUUAACAGAGGAAGAGUUUGGAGGUAUAACUUGCAUAGGGUCCAAUGGCAAACAUAGCAACCCAUUAAAAAACCAUAACUGUGGUGUAUUUUCUAAACUAAUAGGAACACUUCAAGUUCUGACAAGUUACUUAAUCCUCAUGAAGACAAAGAUCACUGUCAGAAAAGCUUUUUGUAAUUUAUUGACAAUAUUUUGGGAGAGGAAAAAAAAAGUAUCUUAUGCUGAAUACGACAUCAGACUUUACUUUCAUUUUAACUAGAAAAUAAAAGUUCACAUGUGGGUUAGCUAGAAACUGUCAGCAUGUUAAGUAAAAAAAAAGAAAUUAUGAAGUAUUGUUGCAGUUAAAGAUAUUAUUACUUUGAACAUCUAAGUGCAAUGUUGUCUGAAAUACAGUAUAUUGUCUAUUUUUAAGGCCUCAUCUGGUCUCUGUUUUAAAAAUUACUUUGUCAGAAGACCUUGACAAAAAUGUCUAGAUCUUCUUGAAAGUGUCUAAAUCAGAGUCAUAUUUUUGUUUAGAGUUCUAUUAAUUGCUACAGAAAACAUUUUAUUUUAAAACUGUGGAUAGACUGAUAUUUCUUGGAAGAAAAAAAAAGAUCAAAUGCAGGUUAUCACUUGUGAUAUGAAAAGAAACUAUUCAAUACUGCUGUUAUUUCUCUUUAGAAAUGUAAACCUACAAUAUAUGUCGUAGUUAAUGACACUAUUUCAAAAUUAAGGAAAAAAAUCACUCAUGGAUGCUGUGCAUCAUUAUCAGAUUUAUAAUUUUCACCCUAAAAUAGGGCAUUUGUUGAACUUUGGAGUUCUAAAUGGAAUCCUGUAUGUUUUUAAAGUUCUGCCUCAUGCGCUCAGACCAAGCUCUAUAAAAUAGAUGUGUGUAUAUAAACAUAUUAUAUUAUAUUUUUUGCUAAAGCAUAAAUGUGCAACAUAUUUUUUUGGGUUUGAGAGGAGGCAUAGUGCUGAGUAAUACCUAUAUGGGAAACUGCUAAUUAAUCCUUUAGGUAGAAAUUUUUUCUAUCUUACAGAGGAUAUCCGUUAGGAGAAAGCAGUGUCUUAAUGGAGAUACGGUGGUGUGCAUGCAUUCAUGUGCCUUAGCUGUGACGUGCUGCUUUAUAGCUCAUAGUUUUGUAUUCAGACUUUAAUUUCAGAUUGUUAGAAUACUUGUUUUAACUGGACUUUAGGCAUAAUGUGCUGACUGAUCUGUAAAACCCACCAAUAUUUUGCAGCAUACAGAAAUGGAAACCCAGAUUUGUGUCUGUUUCCAUCAAUGAAAUACUACUUAUUCAGGUGCUAUAUUUUUUGUUCACGGUGCUCCUAUGGAGCUAGGACUUCUGACAGUGCCCCUUCCCUUCAGUUUCCAAAUCAGUAGUGAAACUGCUGCACGAUAAAAUGCCUCAGAGUAGCAGAGCUAAUCAUUUCAAUUUGGCUCAAUUCAGAAUUGUAAAAGAAUAGAUUUGCUAGCCAAUUCACAAUGAUGGUUUUCUGGCAAACUGACACCUAUCCCUGCAGGGAAACCCACAGGAGCCUCCUACUUAAACAACUACCUGAGCUUUACUAGAAAGCAUUCUCCAGCCUUUAAAUCAUGCAGAUUGCAACCCACAGAAUUUACUUACUUCUGUUUUAAUAGUCCUUUGUGAGACUAGUAAGUCUAAUGGCAUAGCUUGAGCGUACACCAACCAUGUGGGUGCUGCUUAAUUGCAUGGGUGCUGUGUAAUCUGAAUGCUCCCCUAGAACGAACUGAUGUGGAUCUGGAAAAAGAAAUUGUGUGGCCUGUUGUCUAGCCAGUGAUGUUACAUCCAUUGAGCUUUCCUCUUACGUUGGGCAUUAUAGACAGAGUUCAUGUCUAGGACUCAGUUGAAUUGUCAUGUUUCAUUGUUGUUUUUCUUGCCCUUGCCAUUGGUCUUUAUGGCUGUGCCUUCCUACCCAGUGCCUGCAAGAGGUAUUUUUCUGUUAAUAAAUAUACAGUGCAUGCUGAAUGGUUUUCAUGGGUUUUCAAGCCACCUGCUUGAAUAGGGCCUGCUAUUGGGCAGCCAGAGCAUUUUGUAGCAAUAUGUCUUCCUAUUCUUGCCUUCCAUUAUUCAGGUGCUGUAUUCUGUCUUUCUUAUGGUUCUUAGGUGUCAACUGGUACAAAUCAAUGUAAGAAGGCAAGCGUUACCAUUCUAGUUCUGAUACAAAAGGAAGACUUCCUACUCAAGAUCUAUAUGCCACAAUUUUACGCAGGCUGAUGUAAACCCAUCACCUUUUCUUAGGGGAAAGAAUUAACCUGGCUUCUCAUACUAUUCUAAUAGUCAUGAAUAUAGGUAGCUGAGCUUUUGUAUAUGCAUUACAGAAUUUUACUGAAAACAGGAUUCCCUAGUGAAGAUGUCCAAAGGGCUCAGUACCCAUAGCUUCUGCAUCAUGCAGUUAAUGUCCAAUUGAAAUAUGUUAGUUGUGUUCUAUAAUCUAGACUAUUCUAAUAUGGCAUUGUUCCUUCAAAAAUAACCUUUAUUCCAAAAACAUCUGAAAACGCAAAUUGAGUAAAAAAAAAUUCUAAUUCUUUUUCUUAAAUCAACAAAUUGCCAAUAACAACUUUGGCUUAUAUAUUCUAAUUACUCUGAUGUGCGACAGUUUGAAAACCUUUUAUACACACACACACACACACACACACACACACACACACACACAUUUAAAACACAAAUUACUUAACUUGUCUUAUUGGGCUAUAAAAUUAGGACUUGUGCACUUUAUUAAAACUUCCUUGUUAAUAAAUAAGACCAGAUAUCCGCAUAUUUAUGGCAGCUGUUAUGGCUCCAUUGCUAUAGCUAUUUUUCCCACCAUUAUGUGAAGUUUUUCUUUUUGCCACACCUGUAGAUCAAUGCAAGUGCUGGAAUUUCUGCUGUAGAGUCUGAUAGCUGAUAAAAAUAACUUGUUUCCCCAAAGCACAAAAGUAUAAGCUCAUGGUUCUUUUUAAAACCAGCACCCAGAAAGGAGGAGCAGUAGGGAUGAGAAUACUCCCAUUCAAAACAAAACAUACUGUUCAAAAGAUUAGCUUAGGGUUAUCUUCUUAUAUAUUUUGGUGUUGUCUUUUAGAAACAAAUGCUUUCUUCUUCAAAAUGAUCCAAUUUUAACGCUGUGAACAUACUUUGUCAUCCACAUUGGCUCACUAAUGCUUUUAAUAUAGCACAGCAAGCUAGCCAGCCAAUUAUUGACAAAAUUAUUUAGUUCAGACAACCUUAACAUUUUCUGAAGUAAGUUUUCUAGGAUGGCUGUAAAGUUACAUGUUCUUAAUGAUAACACGUUUUUUGAAAAAGAUGCUUAUCCAAAAAGCUGAAAGAACGAUAGCUUAUAUAGUAUAUAUCUCCAGUAUUCUUCACAGGAUGUUUGUUUAGUCCAUCAUGAAUAGCCCCAGUUUAUGGGAAAAAAUUGUAUCCUGAAAUGUAGAUACAGUAAAUUGAAUAUGACAUAUGAAUAGGAUUAGAAUUUGCAUUUAUAUUUUAUGUAUUUUACCUCCCUUAACAUUCUGAAAGUAUUUAUCCAUGUUAAUCCAAUCAAUAGAGAAAAGUCCAGUCACUGCCCUAAAUAAUAACUUUCAUGAUUGAUUUGAUCAUAUAAGCUUAUAUCUUUUCUUGGCCCUGAUUUAUGUUGAGAUAGGGCAGAAGAGACGAUGCCUGCCUACAAAACUAGCUAUCUUGGUAUCUUCUCUGAACUGAGAGAAAAGUGUAUUAAAAAGUCCAAAGCUAUUGCUCUUUUUCUGGAAAAAAAUGUGAAUAUGUUAUUUUAUCUCUCUCUCUCUCUCUCUCCCUCUCUCUCUCCCUCUCCCUCUCCCUCUCCCAAAUGCUAUCAUUAGUACUGCCCUUCAGUGCUCUUACUCCAAAGUUGCACUUGAUAUUACAAAACAUCUUGCAUGUCUGUGAGCUACUAAAAUUCUCAUGUAUGUUUGAUUAUUUUUAACCUUCAUUAAGAUAAGGCAAUCAUUUUUAAUCAACAUACCUCAAAUGGGUAACAUAAAGAAUGCAUCAAAAUCCGGGAGUCAUGCUCCCAUGGGAUUUAAAUGUGGCAAAGUUGCGGCCUCUUCAGUGCUGCCACAUUGCCACAGACAUGAUCAUCAUUUCCAACUCUCCUUGCAGCUUCCUACAAGAAAAGUCAAUGGGGAAGCCACCAGGAAGAUGGAAGCCACUCCUGUUCCCAUAACUAUUUUUUACCAGCCCAUGAUCAUUCUGUUUCUUUGUUUAGGUAGGGAAAUAUCUCUGAAAUGAUUAUCCCAAGGGGCUCAUGGGAGGUUUAUUUCAAUGGAAAUGCAUAAAAUUCAGUAUUAAAUCAGGUUUUGGUUAUCAGUGUUUUAAGGACUUCUUCACUAACUACAGUAUCAAUGCUGUUACUUUCAAUUCACCUUAGAUCUCCAAGCAGCUUUGCUCCCUUAUAUUUUAACAAAGCACUUUAGUCUGCCAUCUCAUAUUGUGUCAUGCUAACCUAUCUAUUUUUAAUCUCAUAGAAUCCAACCAAGAUUAUUUCAGUGCCUAAAGAUCAAUAUGCAUGACUGUGUUUGUAUUGUUUUACUGUUUAUUUUGUUUCAAUUAUUUACAGUAAGAAUUUGGGUGGCUUAUAUGCAGCAUUCAUUUUCCGCCUUAUAUUGUAACUUUCACUGCUUUUGAGAAUGUAGAAUAGGAAAAAAAGUAGUGGUAUUACAGAUAAUGGAAUGUAAUUGAUCUCUUAAUCUGUAAAGGUGAGAUACACUCCAAUCUCUUUUCAAAGCUACCUUCCCUAUACCGUGAGAAAGAGCAUAAGGAAUAUUUGAGUAUAUGAAACAGUGAUGUUAACAGUUGGCCAGUCUGUUUGAAUUCUAGAAUUUUAAUUUAAUAAUCUGGUCUGUCAAUGGUUGAGAUUGCAUUAUUUUAAAACGUUACAAUUUGCCUUGAGAAACUUUAAAAGAGAAAACACUUGUUUAUAUUGCUUUCCUAGCUUCUCAAAAUAUGGUAUACAACAUGGCUGCUAGUGAUUACUACAGGAGAUACUUUUCUGCACCUUGAUGAUUUAACAAAAAUUCUGAUAUCUCCUGUCAUUUUGAUGCCUUCAUACAUGCAACUAUGCAAAUGUAUAAAUAAGUGGAUAGAUUUUAAAAAAAAAGUUUAAUUCUGCUAUAGGCCUAAUAAUUUUGUGGGACAUGUCUGAAGUUUUCUCAGCGGUUAUUCUCAAAUUGCCCUUUAAAAUUGCUUAGCAGCUGAUGGACAAUAGCAGAAUCUAUGUUUUGCAUUCAAAAGAUUGCCCCCUCCCCUAUUCAUCUCUUGGCACUGUUAGUCUAAAAUUAAUAGAUAACAGAUAGCUACUGCCCAGUCCUUGAAACGAUAAAGUCAGCCAGAAUAGCCAGUAUGGGAUAGAUAAGAUAAUUAAAGUGACUUCCCAUUUUCCUAUUACAAAAGUGGGAGGGGGCUUACGUCACAGAGAAUAUGUCCUCUUGAAAAACUUGUGUGCCAAAUCUAAUGUAAUUAGUCUUUAUCUGACGGGACAGUUUUUAAUUUCCUACCUGCUUGUUGUGAAAGUGAGGUUUUGGGGAUGCUACUAAGUUAUUAUUCAACAGUAAAUGCUCAGGAUAUGUAAAAUUCAACUUUGCUUAAUAUAAAGAAGUAGUUUAUUGCUGCUUUAAAGUACACUUGUGUUGGAUGGACUGCCACAAAUGUUAAAUGUGCUCUUUUUCAGACCAAAAGUGAGGAUAAAAAUAGGUAGAUCAAAAUCGGAGCUAUUAUACAGGCGAAUUGACAGCAUGAAAAUGUCUGCCAGCUUUCACAGUUAAUUGUGUCUAAUAUUUUUUUUUCCUGUUUAUCAAUCAAAAAUAAUAGUCAAAACCAAUGAAUAUGGGGUUUCGGUCAACUCCAAAUAGUAACUUGGUGCUUGGUACAGUUUCCCUCUGUGCAGUGCUUUACUGAUAUCAAUCAAGCCUCAAAAUUGCUUAUUUGUGUAGAAACUGAAAUUGAAUGUUCUAUGGAGGGCAAGUCUGUGUAGGUGCUACAUAGAAUACCCAGGCUCUGACCUCCUUGUGCUACUUUUAGGCCACUAAACAAUGUUAUUUAUUGCUGUGCCAUAGAAAUGGGCAAGGAACCUGCUUUUAUCCUGUAUAACUGACUGAUCAGUCAUCAUGCUUUGGGAACAUAUUUGUCCGAUGUACACGUUAUGAUGUCAUUUUACUUUUGCAAUUGAUGAGAUUGAGAAAUUCAGUAUGUAUAUUCCAGUGUGUGCCCAACAGUAAUGAUAACCUGUGUCUUGAUUUCAUAAAAACUUCUGGUAGAGCUUUUUUUUAAAAAAAAAAGAUUUCAGUUUUAAGGGCUUUAUUGGACAAGGUGAACUUAAAAAUAUUUUAAGCGCAUGACUUAAUUCUCUUUCUGUCAACUUCUGCACUGUGAAUAUUAUAAUUAAGUAUUUUAAAGAAAAUACAUUGAGGGCUUUACUACUACUUCCUGCUUUUUAAUAUGAGGAUCACUUCCAGCAUAAAUGUCUUGCAUCCAUGCAUGACUCCUAAAGAAUGUGAAUAUGAGAUUCAUUACUUAUUGUGUGAAUUGAAAGAGAAAAAAAAUAGCUCAUUGUAAUAAAUUUCUCCAUAUAGAAUAGGGCUGUGCAAAUUUCAAAGUAAGUCCUUUUUUUCAACAGACUUGAGUGAAACACCUCAUUAAGCUGCUUCAUAAAAGGAGGAACCUUCCUCAUUUCUAAUGACAAAUUGAAUCAAUUACAUUACUUCACUUUUCCUCCUUUGUGGGACCUCCUGUGAUGAUUGUGCAAAUGCCAGCUAAAGCUGAGAAACAACACACAUCACCUUGUUGGUGUAUGUAGAUUGUAUGGCCUCUCCUCAAUGAAGGGAAUUUGUAUCAUUUCCCCAUCUGAAGUCCUUCAUAGAGGUGAAUCUAAAUAAUCUCACAUAAGCAAAAUUCACAGUGAGGAUAAUCAUUCAUUAAGAGCCAUCCUUUGAAUGUAAAAUAUUAUGCUGAAAUUGAUCUCUAAUGUUGAGACUAAUGCAAAAUGGAGGAAAGUUGAAGCAUUAUUAUGGCUGCAGAACAUGGUUAUCCUGUAUGGUUUUAAAGUAGCAUUAGGCCACAAAAAGAAUUGAUUAAAUCUUUAAUUAUCUUCUAGCAAAUUGGCAAGACAAUGUAGCUUUUCGUCUUCCGUUUCAUGAAAGUUUUAAGCCUAAUCCUAAACAUUUGCUUGUGGUUUUAGUAUGAUGCUAAGUGUAUUGUGUUGUGGGUAUACCUCAUUUCAAGCACCAGUGUAUCAGAUGCAUUAAAGUUUAGGAUUAGGCAGUGCAUAUCUAUAAUACUUUUUCUUCCUUAUUGGAAGCAUGCAAGCACUCCAGAUUUUAUAAGCAUUAAAUUAGAAUCCCAGGUCUAAACUCCCAUAACAUUUGAAAUUAGACUUAGAUCCCGUUCUCUUACCUUUGCUAUUUUUUAUCAGAUAAUGGAUGGAAAGAUUGCUUCUUUCCUUACAAUUUGCUAUUGCCACUUGUAGAAAGACGAGUUUCUAACUAAAGGGAGUUCUGAUCGUGAACAGUUUGGUAAACCGGGGUUUUGAAAUAAACCACUAUUUUAAAAUAACUCCUUUCCUGCUGAGACGAUUCUGAACUUUAGCAGAGCUAUUGCAUUUGAACACAAUAUUUUCCAGCCAGGAACUCUUCUCCUGGCAUAGUCUUUGUGCACUUGGAAAAUGGGGGCAAAUCGUUGAAUUGCCAAGGCACUGAACCACCUUGUAUUGCAUUAUUUUCUCUCUAGCUCUUUAAAAUGUAUAUCUUCUACAGUUUGUAUGAGAAAAUAGUUUUUUUCACUGUGAUCCAAAGCCUCCAGGGGUUCAGGAUAAAUGAGGAUGUAACGGGACACCCCAUCUUGAAAUGAUGGACUAUGAAUCUGUUAUUUAAGACAAGUAGGAUAACCUUUUAACAUCCAUAAAAUGCCAUUAAUUCAAUGCGAUGGAAAAAAUGGUCAACCUUUUCCAAGAAGAAAUACCUGUUAAAUGCAUCAGUACUAUGAACUCUGUACAAAAUCAGUCUGUGUAAACUUGUGUGGUGUUUUAUUUCAUAUUCUAUUCUUUGGUAAAAGGUACAUUGGUUGUGUUCUGUUUUCUGAUCCAGAAACAAAGACCAAAGAAGGCCAACCUCAUUUGAUUGUGUAUAUUCUGCCUGUUUUAAUUAUAGAUAGCUAUAAAGGAUACAGUGCAAGUAAGUGAACCUGGUAAUCAAUGAUUUUUGUAUUUUCUUUUUAAAGGAAAGGAAACUUUGAAGUGUAUAAUUUAUUGCUCAGCAAUACAAUGUUGUUAAUAACUAUUAGCAACAUAUCCUAAUUUCCCAAUAGCAUUAUUCUAUGUUGUCCUUCAGUUUGUUGUAUUGUUAUUUGGUAUUUAUUUGUAUUUGAAGGUCUUGCUCUGUCUUGUGUUUUGAUGCUAAUAAUUGAGAACAGUGUGUAGAAUGCAAAACUUUGAAAUGCUGAACUGUAUUAAAGGGAAAAAAAUAAACAUAAGUAGGAAGUCAUAU